UCGCACGUGCCAGUCAGUGCACCGCGCGGCUGGGACGCGAUCGGCCGUCUCGCCCGGGCCCGUACCACGCCCGUCCCGUCCCGCCACGGGACUUAGCUCGCGGGACGUUCCAUUUCCGAACUGGGUACUCCUUUAGUUUUUGCAUAUUUUCUGCCGCGCUUGUUUUGGCUGGCGGUGAACGUGUUAAUUGUGUAGCUUGGAUGUUAAGUGACACAUGUUAAAGUGCUAAUAUCAAAAUGGCUGCCGCUAUGAUAACGGACAGAGGACUCAGAAAGAAACUGACACAGGAAGUGAUGCCUGAAAAACCGCCGAGGAAGCCUUCUAAGCGCAAGUCAGCCGCAGGCGGUUCAAAGGACAAGAAAAACGAGCACAACAACAAUAAGAAGCCAAGAGUGUCUACUGGGGAUCCCAAACUCGACCUCUUCUCGACAUACCAACCCUGGGUGAUUCAGACCUACGGGGAUCUGGCAAAAACAAAGACUAUAACUCUGAAGAAGUACGCCAGAAUCCUCCGUACGUUGCGAGGGGAAGAAUGCAACAGUUCGGACAGUUCCAAGUUCCGUUUCUGGGUGAAGGCGAAGGGUUUCCAUGUGGGCAAGCCCCCAGGGUACGACGCGAAGCCGGCUGACGGGAUCGUCUGCCGGUACAGCGUCCGGGACGCCGAGGGAUGCCCAAAAGGACCGGAUGGCCAGGACGUGUAUUCUGGCUCCCAGAAUGAUCCGCCGCUUUAUAUUCCUACACCUCCUCUAAAGAAUGCACCAGUACAAGAACCAGUCUACAGGAAAGUGGCAAUAGUGGAAAACUUCUUCGACAUUAUUUACACGGUUCACGUGGAACUCGAAGGAAGGCCGGGGAAGCACGCUGGACAGAAGAGAACUUACAGAACGAUAACGGAGACCUACGCCUUCCUGCCAAGAGAAGCCGUGACCCGCUUCCUGACAGGCUGCGCGGAGUGCGCCCGGCGCCCGCGCAGCGCCUCCCCUCCCCCUUUACCCACCCCCUCGCCCUCCCCGACACGGCACCCUUACCUGCCCUUCCUCCCGCACUGCCCACAAGACUACUCCAGAAACUGGGAGUCAGAAAUCGACGCUGCCCAAAACUACUCCUUCGAACCGAAAUUCGACUACACCGACCUACAACCGCUCAAGAAAAUAGCAAGCCCCAAAACAACUGACGCUGAUGAUGAACCUACGUAUAUUGAAUUGACUCCGAAGAAAGGGUUUGAUGCGGCUCCUGUAUUCGGUAGUAAUACUCCAAUAGAACCGGCGUUUAGAGAAGAAGAGCCAGUUCGGUCUGACCCUGAGAUCGACAAGGCUGAUGACAGCCUCAUCGAUGUGGAAGACGUCAAGGCAGACUCCCCCCUACCCCUACUGACUAAAAAAGAAGUGAUAAUCAAAGAAGAGUUCGACGACAAAAGUACCAGGAGCUCAGAGAGCGGAGAAGAUAAAGAGACAAAGACUGAAGGGAAGAAGAAGUAUAACCCGUUGGACGUUGCCAAUUUGACGUCAAAAGACCCUCCGAAGUCCAGGUCGCCUCCUAGGAAGAAGCUAUUGCUUGGGGGGGAUUACUGCAGCGGUCUCGGCCGGUUUCCUCGGCCGUGGCGGCCCGAGGGGGUCUACUAUGGCGGCGAGGAGGUCGACUACAGUGUUCCUAUUACGACGGCAUAUUUGAAGCAUAUGAGAAGUUUGGCGUUUCAAGAACGGCUGGAUUUGGAGAAUAAGGACACCCUUACACCGGAGCCAAUUGAUAUGAAUGAAGAUGAUAACUAUUCCGGUCAGGGCUUCGCCAAAGAUGCAGAGAAGUUGAAAAUGAUGCUGUUGGCAUGGAAUUACCACAGCCAGGCGCAAGGGCGCAACGGUGACGUCACAGAUGGUGGCACGGACAGCAUGGCGGACCUGUGGGCGUCGUACCACAGCGCCCUGGGGCUCGGCUCCAAGCUGCCUAAACCCCCCACCCCCAUGGCCACUGGCCACUCGAGUCCGAUCCACGUGGGCUCCGCCACGCCUGGCAUGGAGACUGCUCACGACGAGACGUCAUCAUCGGACCGGACCAAGGAUGAUGAUGACGCGGGAGCCUCCGAUGACGACAGCGACGAUCGAGUGGACACCCAGCAUCAUGAUCCUGAACGGCUUAAAGCUUUCAAUAUGUUCGUCCGUCUUUUCGUGGACGAGAACCUCGACAGGAUAGUUCCUAUCUCCAAACAGCCCAAGGAGAAGAUCCAGGCGAUCAUAGACUCCUGCACCCGACAGUUUCCGGAGUUCGCCGAGCGCGCCCGAAAGCGCAUUCGGACUUACUUGAAGAGUUGCCGACGGAACAAGAAGGUCAGGGGUGACCUGCCGGCUACUGGGAGCAGCAGUGGCGCCGGCACCGGCAACGCUUGGGAUACCGCGGUGCGACCGACGCCCGCGCACCUGACGUCGGUGCAGGCGGAGCACAUCCUGGCGCAGGCGUGCGAGAACGAGAGCCUCAACGCCAAGCGCAUGCGCCUCGGACUCGAACCGGUGAGCCAGCCGCCGCCCACCGUCACCACGCCUAUGGCCAUCGACACUACAGCAUCUUCAGCCGUUGCUUCGUCUUUCUUGAACUUGUACAGUGGAGCCAUGUCUAGUCCAGCCUCAACGCCCGCUACAUCUUCGAUCACCACUUCGUCCUCGGCUGGACACAGCAAAGCGGCUGCUGACACUACCAGGCCUUCAGGGAGCCCCACUUUGGAUAAUCCGCUGUUAAACAACAACAACCUCAAGAUUGACAACGCUAACGGAAAUGCUGGGAGCAAGACUGCUAGCCCAGCCUCUUCACCCGCUCCACUAUUCAGGCCAUCUUUCCCGAACACAUUUGGGACACCGCAGACUUUUGGGAGGCAAAGUACAAACAGCAACCCAGCUUCGGCUGCUUUGACCAGCAGCGCUCUGCUGUCAACUUUGUCAGCUAUGCCGUCUACAGGUGUUGGAGUGAAUGCAGCAAUGGCGGCGUACCAAAGUGCUUUGCUGUCAGCCAUGGCGGCGCACUCCAGCCCCUUCCCAAACAGCCUGGCUGGUGAGUUCCUAGCUCCAACAGACUUGUCGCUCAAGAACGUGUCAACUUCAACUCCAUUGUUGCCAACAUCCACUGCCCUGACUGGGUCGACAUCUUCUACUAAAUCCUCGUUGAUGUCCCACAAGCUGUCCGGAGCUGAAGUGGGCGCGGUCCGUCAACUGAUCACUGGAUACCGUGAGUCUGCAGCCUUCCUGCUACGGUCGGCCGAUGAGCUAGAGGCAUUACUCUUGAACCAGCCCUAGGAUUCUCUCAAAUUGAAAUCAAAGAGAUCGCCGGCGGGAACCGCCAAAAAGUUCUCUUUUUUCGACUAGACGUGUCGAUUUAGACUUUACUUGGAGUGAUUUAACUUUUUGUGGAGUGAAGUAAAUCUAAUGCGGGAUAAGAAAGGUUAGCGAUUGGAGGAACAGCGAAGUUUAUCUAGAUGAUGUAAUAACGUGAACGGGUUUUUUGGGUGUUGUAUUGUCGAUAUGUCGUUAUUUGUCAAUAAUUAAUUAAAACAUCAUUAUAUGCGUAGUACAUUUUUCUUGUCCAAUUUUGUAGGUGUUGUGAAGUUAAAUGCAAUAACUUUUCGCGUUUGGGAGUUUUGUUUGGUGCUUUACAAAUGCGAAUAGUUAAAAUAUUAACUUUGGUGUACAAAAAUCUAUUCAAUUCGUUGUACUAUUACAAAUUGUGGUGGAAAUCGUACAAAGCUGCCAUAUAAAAAAUGUUGCCAUUUGAGAAAUUACUCGUUGGAAGAGUACAAAAUUAUUUUUGUGUAUAUUUAGAUGUAAGAAAAUAAAAAAUCAGGGAGAUUCAUAGAUAUAGGUAUUAAAAAACGAUUUCUUGAGUGGUGCGAAACUAUAUAGGUUAGUCGAUAAAAUUCAUCGAAAUUUUGCUUAAAAUACUGAUGGCUAAAAUAUAUUUUGAAAGGGGAGUAAGGAAAACAUCUUAGCUUAUCUAUAUGUUUAACAGAGUUUAAUGUUAGAAUAAGUGGCAUUUUAAAUUAAGAAGCACGAAUUUAUUUGUUAUUUUGUAUUAUAAUAUUAACGCAGUAGAUGAUUCAAUACAAUUAAUAAUAUAUUUUAGUUUAUUGUUUCUUAGAUUAUGGGGUACGUUGCUAUCCAAUCUCGGUUCCAUCCAAAUUUUAUAUAGUAAGUUUUCAAUAGACUUAAUUUUUAUUAGGGGCAUUGUACUUCAUUUUUUAAAAAUUUAAUGUAUUUUUUGUAUUAUUGUAUCAUUAUUUUGUUCACUGUUUUUAUUUUAUUUUAAUCAAUGCUUUGCUCAUUUUGGAUUUUGAAUGUACAUUUUAAAAUUGUUACCAUAGAGUUUAUGGCCAGCUAUUUUAGGUAGGAUAUAAUGUUAGUGUUACUGCUUAUAAAAAUAAACGCGAUUCUGUACAAAAAAUACUAUUUAUCUUUAAUUUUUGUAUAACUAUUUGGCCUAACUUCAUUUCCAAACCUAACUUAAUCGUUGAUAUAAAGUACAAAGAGGUAAAUACCUCUUUUUUAUUUUAAUUGUUAUUUAAGCAUUGUUUAAAAAUUUGGCCAGUGUUAGUCGGUUAUUUUUAUCAGCCAGUGUUAUUAUUACAUAAGAACUAAUACAGUACAAUAGAUUAAUCAAAGUUACAUACAUAAUCUCAAUGCUUGAUGUGUUUGCAGCCCAUUUCCCUACUUCAGAUUUUUCAUCAGUGUGAACAAAACACUAUGGAAAGUCAUUUGCUUUCUGUUUUCAUGAAGUUUACGCCGAUUGGCUAACAUAAUGUUAGGUUUUGUUCACAUUGGGUAAUAUCUUAAGUCCACAUAUAAAUAAACAAAUACAUUGUCUCAUUUUCCGCACACUAUCUCAGUAAUUAAACAGCUUAAGCCAGUUUCAAUUUAUAAAAUUGUAAAUUCACUUUUAAAAAUUGCCAAAGAAUCGAAUUGAUUUUCAGUGUGUUACAAAUUAUUUGUAUGGGAAUUAAUGCUUUUUUAUAAAUAUUUAUGUAUAUUUUUAUUAAUUUAAAGUUGCUUUACAAAGUCAUUCCAAUGUUUUUUUACUGUGAAAAAGUAGCAGUCAGUAUAAAUUGUAUGAAAUGUGUAAAGUAAAUUUUUAGAAUUAUAAAACAAAGUUGAUUAGAAAUAUUGGAAAGUUGAUGUUGGGUACGAAAUCAAUAAUGGUGGUAAACGUUGAGAAACUGAAAAAUUGUUAGACAUAAAAAUAUAUUAUUAUUACUAAUUAAUAGAGAUGUAAAAAUGGUUUACAAUUAUUAUUAGUUUGAGAAAUAAAUACAAAAGAAGAUAAUUACAAAGGCGAUUGUUACUAUUAAUGACGAUAUGAGAAUUAAGUUAUCUAAUUUUGCAAUUUCAAAAUGUGAGUUUUACAAUUUUGAAAAGAAAAUAUUAAAUAUGCUCAUAUACAG